AUGACAACAACUAGCAACGAGCUCAUCGAGCAUAUCCAGAAUUCCAUGGUCGGACUGCUCGCACCUAUCGUCGAAGCCAUACCCAGCGCACCAAGCUCGAUCAACCACGACCAACUAGAGAAGAACUGUCAGCAAUUCACAAUCCAGCUGGUCAACCUAUUCGGCCAAUACCACCAAGCCAGCCAGCAGCAACAGUUUACAGAAGCCGACAGCCAAAACCACAAAAAGCGCAGGCGGACAAACUCCUUCGAUGCUAAGCCCCAUCCCGACCACCACCGAGCUCGAUCCGAACCCAACCCAGCUUCCUCUCAUCCCACCAGCAUCCAUAGGUCACAUUCCCUCAAUCCGACAAGCAAUCCAGCCAAACCCUCUCCAAACGAAAAGCCACCCAUCCCCAUCACAUCCGAUAGCACCUCUCAUCAACCUUCAAAUCAAGAGCCUACUCCUCAGCCCCGAGGCCAUCUCGAAGGAGAUGUGGAGGACCCUAUCUCAGAAGAGCUACGGAUGCUUAUCCAAAGCGAGAUAGAGGCUGGCAUCGACAACCUAGCACUGCAAAUUCACGACAGCCUUUCCGACGCCAAACGCGAAUUGAUUUUACUCAAUCAUGAAUUUUGGAAAACUCAAACGGGAGAAGAAACAUCCGAUCCCUCAACCCAGCAUCCCCCCACGUCCUCGCCGCUCAUAUCACCCCCAACGAAAAUCGAAGCAGCAUCGAUAGGAGAGAAACUGAAAUUUCAGUUCGAGAAUCACAUGAUUCACUGCUACAAACGCUAUCUGGAACAGUUCGUCUUUGCUAUAGGCUUCACCGGCCUAGGAUCCGAACCCUUGGACUUUGCUCAGGUUCAUCAACAACCGCUCCAACAAACACCCUCUGAGGCGAACUUGGAUAACAAGACACCAGACCUGGAUCCGAAGCCCGAACAGUCACUCAGUACGAGCCCGACCAAGGAUGAGCUGGAAAAGAACAGUCUGGUUAUCAAACAGCUGGUCGAAGAAAAAUUCAGAUCCAAUAGUGAGGAGAUCGGCCGGAUGGUGGAAGAAAAAGUGAAAUCAAACAGUCAACAGAACGAGCAAAUGCUUCAAGAGCAACUCACCUCUAACCGCACGAAGAUCGGUCUAGAUUUUGAGGAAAAGAUUACAGCCAUCAACCAGACGAUCGAACAAUAUCUUGGAGAAAAACUGAGGCCAAUUGGUGAGCAGACUGAACGGAUGGUCGAAGAAAAACUCAUCUCGAAUAGUCAGAAGAGCGAGCGAGAAAUCGAAGAAAAACUUGAAUCACUCCGAAAGGAGUCUGAACGAACAAUCGAGGAGAAGCUUUCAUCGACUAGUCAGAAGAUUGAAGAUCACAUCGAAGAAAGGCUAAGUCCGAUCACUCAGGCUACCGAGCGAAUGGUUCAAGAGAAGCUGCAAUCGUAUCAGGAAGCACUCGAGAAACAGGCGGUCGAAUACCGCAAAGGGAUCCGGAGCGACAUCAUUCAGUGCAGGGAAGAGAACUCGAAGGAUUUGGACGAUUUGAUCGGACAGAUACAAAGAUUAUUCGUGACAGAGAAGGAUAAACUGUCGCUAUUGCAGAAACAAACCGACGGAUUCCAGGACCGGAUAGCACAACUCGAGAGUCUGCUUGAGAAGGAAACCGACCCUGUGCUCCGAAGAAAAGCCGUCCUCAUCUCACUCGGCUUGCUCGAGUCCAAUCACGUCAACCAAAAGUCGAACCUUAGCAUCUUCUUGACCAAACUUAACGAUCAUCUCCGGGUCAAUUUGGGCCAGAUCGACAUCCAAGAUCCCACCUGGAACCCUAGACUCGCACUCGGCACACCUAACGGCCAUCACGAACCGGGAGAGAACCGAGCGGAACCGGGUGCCGAUCCAAGCGAAGCCAGGAGAGGUGUGAACACUCCAAGCACUCCCAGGAUGCCUCAAGCCUCUGCAACAGCUGUAGAGAACCUCUUCUUUGAGAAACUGCUCAUCCAACUUUUGCGGAGGAUCAAUGAGACCGUCCGACUCCAAGAGGGACAGCCCAAUGGAUUUAAUCCAGAGGCCCCACCCGAUCAUGACAACCAGGGCCAUCGCGUUGAAGACCAAAACUAUCAACAGCCAGACCACCACCCAGACCAAGCCCAUCAAAACCACAACCACCAAGGAGAACAUCACCCAGAUACCCAUGGCUUUCCUCAAGACAAUAUACUGGCCCAUCAACCUCACUCGUCUGAUCGUCCUCCCCUCCAGGAGAUCCAUCACAUCUUGGAUGAAUUCUUUGAACUGAAUUUCAAGAAAUUUGUUUGGCCCAAGUUCAGCAAUCUGAUUUUCCACCUGGAGCAGUACUUGGCUAGCCAACAAGUGUAG